AUGAGCAUCUCGGCUCUCGGAGGCAGCACCAAAGGGAAGCCUCUGCCACCAGGCGAGGAGGAGCGUAAUAACGUCCUCAAGCAGAUGAAAGUGCGCACCACGCUGAAGGGGGACAAGAGCUGGAUCACCAAGCGGGAUGAGUCGGAGGGCCGCACCAUAGAGCUGCCCUCAGGCCGGAGUCGUGCCGUAUCCUUUUCAUCAGCUGGGGACGUUCCAAAGGCCAGGCCUCCGAGCACAAGGGCUCCCACCGGCUACAUCAUCCGGGGUGUGUUCACCAAGCCCAUAGACAGCUCAUCCCAGCCCCAGCAGCACUUCCCCAAGGCCAACGGAGCUCCCAAAAGUGCCGCUGGUCUGGGGAGAGCAGCUGGUGCCGGCUACAGGAUGACCACCGAGGAUUACAAGAAGCUGGCACCCUACAACGUCAGGCGCAGCUCAACAGCAGGGGCUGCCGAGGAGGAGGAGGAAGAGGCGCCCUUCUCUUCAGAUGAGCAGAAGCGGAGGUCAGAGGCUGCCAGCAGCGUGCUGAGGAAGACAGCCCCCCGGGAGCACUCCUACGUCCUGUCGGCGGCCAAGAAGAGCACUGGCAGUCCCCCCCAGGAGGUGCAGGCCCCAGUUAUUGCGAAGAGGGUUGAGGUGGUGGAUGAGGACGGGCCUUCUGCGAGGAGCCAGGACCCACCUUCCCUGACGAGGUCCACUCCCAGCUUCAGCAGUUCGGAUGGAGGCAGAAGCAAAGUGUCUCAGGUGAUUUGGAUCGAGCGCAUGCCAGGCGUGCCUAGCCCCGCCGGGAGCCGGGAGCCCAGCUCAAGAGGCGAGGAGAUUGUCCGCCUGCAGAUCAUGACCCCCAAGGCAGGACUGCGCCUGGUGGCCCCAGACCUGGAAGGCAUGAGGUCUUCCCCAGGCCACAAAGACAAGGAGGUCCCCCACUCCAGAAAGCUCCAGAGAGACUUGGGUGAUGAGGAGGCCUUCAAAGGCCCCAACACGGACUCUGAAAGCUCAAGUGCACAGUUGAGUGAUGGCAGCGUGGGAUCCGGAGCUAUGGGGUCCUCACCUGAAGGCUUGGCUGGAGCAGACAUCAGCUCUGAGAGAGAAGGGCUGUGCCCAGCUGCUGCCUUCGCCCCUUUCCUGGAUGAUCGGGAUGUGCAUGGUGCCAAUUCUCAGUCCUGCAAGCCUGGACCAGCGGCCAUCAGCUCCAGUGCCACUUUGGCCUCUGCUGUCCCAGCUGAUAGGAAGAGUGACAGCACAGCAGACCUGGUGGACACAAAGGCAGACCCAAAAGGUGACUCGGCUGAUCGUGAGGAGAAGAAUGUGGCCACCAAGGUCGGGGAGGCCUGGCAGGAAAGGCCUGGGGAACCCAGAAGUAGCCAAGGAGACCCAGCUGUACCCACUCAGCAACCUGCAGAUCCCAGCACCCCAGAGCAGCGGAGCAGCCCCAAUGGACCUGAGCAACUCAUCGACCUGGAAUGCUGUGCUGGCAGUGACUCGGCUGAUCGUGAGGAGAAGAAUGUGGCCACCAAGGUCGGGGAGGCCUGGCAGGAAAGGCCUGGGGAACCCAGAGGUAGCCAAGAAGACCUAGCUGUACCCACUCAGCAACCUGCAGAUCCCAGCACCCCAGAGCAGCGGAGCAGCCCCAAUGGACCUGAGCAACUCAUCGACCUGGAAUGCUGUGCUGGCAGGGCGAGAAGCCCUUCAAGCUGCACGGUCACUGUUGCCGUCACUGCUGCUUCUGAGCAUCCUCACAUUUAUAUUCCAGCCCCCCCAAGUGAAUUGGACUCCAGUUCGACCAUCAAAGGGAUUCUCUUCGUGAAGGAGUACAUGAAUGCUAGCGAACUGUCUUCUGGGAAGCUGGCAUCUUCACGCUAUGGCAGUGUCAGCAGCACUGAGGACUUGUUUGACAUGGAGAAAAAAAAUCCAUAUGACAGCACUCCAUACUCUGAGAGAAUAAGUAAAGGGAUCUGUACUUACUGCAACCGUGAGAUCCGAGACUGUCCAAAGAUUACCCUAGAACAUCUUGGCAUCUGCUGCCACGAAUAUUGCUUUAAGUGUGGCAUUUGCAGUAAACCAAUGGGUGAUCUCCUGGAUCAGAUCUUCAUUCACCGUGACACCAUCCACUGUGGCAAAUGUUAUGAGAAGCUCUUCUAGCUACCCCCAGGCUGAUCAGAAGCUGAUGACUCUCGGAUAAGUUUGGCUGUCCCCAGUUGCUCCAAGUUGCUGGCUCCUCUUCCCUCACUUCCUCCCUCCCUGUUUGAUUUCUUCAUGCUUUCGCCCUUCUCAAGUUGAACAUGCUUACAUCCAGUAUCGUAUCUUAAUCAUGCUAUGAUAAUUACAUGUGUGUAGCUUCUUAUAGCUUAGAAAGCACUUUACAUCCACAACCUCAUUUCAGCCUCAAUCAAAGAGGAUUGAACAAGAAAUCCAUCUUGGCUUUCCAAAGACAGACUGGCUUUGGAAUGAGUUGAGGUGGCCUGGUAUGUUAGGCAUGGGAAGAAAUGUGGGAUCCAGCGUGUCCUGACUCCCUUGAGGCUUCUGAGGGGCCAAGUUGAAGACUGUGGACGAUCCCUGGUGGGUAAAUUGCAGGCAUUGAAUGCUAGGGAUUGGCAUAGGCUAAUUUUUAGCUUUUCUGUUUGCCAUAUAUAUAUAUAUAUAUAUUUUUAAAUUUCCAUAUAGUUUUUAAAGUUAUUUAGUUACUUUCGAUUGAGUUAUAUAGUAGAUUUAAUUACUUCCUCCCACCCACUUUCCACUUUCACUAUAUUUGAGUUUUUCCCUGCAGGUAUGUGGGCAUGCAUUGAAAGUUUACACAAUUAGGUUUAAAUUUGAUCAGAUAUGAUUUUAGGAGGCUGCUGACCAAAGGGAUAUCUGUGUCUGUUUGAAUCUUGCUAGCCGAUUAAUACCUUUGCCCUCAAUUCUGCUCCCUGCACUUUACAUAGAAAUUCUCUCAAGUACGUUUCAGGAUGUAUAGAUUGUAGCAGGAUUAAGAAGGGCGAAAAGCAGCUAACAUUUCUUGAGCGCUUACCACAUACCAGGCAUUAUCACAGAGUGACAGCAUCAGUCUUCAUCAUAAUCCUGGAAAGAGGGUAUUCUUGUCCCCAUUUUACAGAUGGGGAUAUUGAGGCUCAGAGAGGUGGUCCUUGUCUUGUGCAGAACCCUGUGCAGAAUCAUUGUUGUCUCUCUCCAGAGCCCUGCUCCUCUCCAGGAGCAGUAACCACAAUAGAAAGCAUUGACAUAGUGCUUAGUAUGUGCCGAGUACUGUGGGAACGAUACCUAAUUACUACCAGGUAACACCGCCCGCCUUGGGCCUCCCCUUACAAAGAGGAAGGUAUGAAAUUGCAUCUGGGCAUCCUGGAUCCCUCCAUGAAAUACUGCAGGGGCCAAACUGCCUCCUUUCCCUCUCCUCCCCCUUAUGAGAAAACACCUCUAAACUGAGAUUCUUACGGCUGGGAACAGAUUUGACACACGAACCUUCCCAAAUAGGAGCUUGUCAACCCAAGGAAAGCUAGAGUGGGCUAGCUGAUCAGAGCUUUCUGUGACCUCCUAUUUUCCAGUCCAGACUCUGUCUCAAACUAUCAGCAACUACUGGGGCCCCAGAGAGGUGGAACAUGGAAACCCACUGGCCAGCUGGGCAGACGCAGGCCUGUUCAUGAAGUCGGCUGACACUGUGCUCAGGUUCAACUGGACUUUGCCACCUUUGGGUCCAGCUUUGCUUUGUGAGCUCCUUUAGAAUAAGAACAGCCGUGGAAUUUUUCUAAUACAAAAUGAGGGGCCUCUUCUCUUGAUUUAAUUAUAAAUGUCUCUCUGUUUCUCCAGUUUCUGAGCCCUAUGCACAUUGGCUUGUGGACUUGUCCUUCCUGCCAAAUGAUCAGAGAGGAACAUUCCAUUUAUUUGUGUAGCUGUGCAUCAGAUUUACUCUGGAGGGGAAAAGUGGUCCAAUGUGCUGUGUGCCCACACCAAAUAUGUGGGCAUGGGACUUGGCACAUGGUAGGCAAGUCCCAGCAUGGGACUCGGCACAUGGUAGGCACUAACACAUAGGUGCUGAAUGAAGGAGUGAGAGAGAAAGCAAUCCAUGCCUUUGGUGAGAGGGGCCAUCCCUGAGUAGUAGUGAAGGCCCAGCUGAUAGAACACAAUGUGAAGAGGCCCAAGACAGGCUGGCUUCCCCACCUUCAAGGUAUACUCUGCCUUUCAGAGUGUUAGAACCAACUUGCAGGGUACUGACAGAAAUCUAAGAUCAGUAUUGAUUCUGAUCCAAAACAGCCUCUUUCAUGUCAAAAGGCACAGAAUUCUGCAGACUAGGGAAAAGGGAUGGUUGCUUUACAGUUUUGCUUCCUUUUAACUUCCUUUUAACAUUGUUCAAUGUUCCUAAUCAUACUUGCUUAAUCCACA